CACCAUCAAACCAAGAGCGUGCAAGCCAGUUCUACCCUUGCUGACGUUCCGUGUACCAUUCCAUACCCAUUGCAGUCUACACAUUCCAUAGAUUAUCCACUGCUAGUCUGAUCCACCAUGGGUUCACUGUCUCCUGUACAGGAUGGCAUCAAGCAGGUGACGCGGAAGGAAUUAUACACCGAUUUCAGUAAACGGAUGGAUUUUCUGCGUUUGUUCCUGGACUUCACAGACGAUGAUAUUAUCGUCUUUAACAAAGGCGCCAAAUUCCUAAAGGCGGCCUUACCAGUACUGACUCACCGUCUAUACGCUAAAAUGCUCGACUUCGACAUAACCGCACGCGCGUUGCGGGUUCGAAGCACUGAAUCAGACGCCCAGGUAGAUGAAUACUUCACUCUGGACGGUCCACAUGUGCAGCGCAGGAAAAUCUUCUGGAAGUGGUAUUUGACCCGAUUGUUUUCCGACCCCAGCCGACUCGAAUAUUGGGAGUACCUGGAUAAGGUUGGAAAGAUGCACACAGGUAAAAUCUUGAUGCACCCACUAAAGAUCGAGUACAUGCAUAUGAACACGUGCCUGGGGUACGUCAAGGAGCUCGCAUACGAAACAAUAUCCGGACAUCCGGAGAUGUCAUAUCCGUUCAAGUUUGCUCUAAUCAGAGCGUUCAACAAAAUCAUGACCAUCCAAAACGACCUCAUCUCGAGGUGUUAUAUCCGCGAAGGUCAGGAGUUUGACCAUCAUUCUCCAAGCCCAGGUGAAGCACCGACCACAGGAGGAGCGCCGCCACACACCGACACUGGUUCGAGUACCGACUCCUGUGUUUCAGACACAAGGUCCACCGCAGAUACCCGAUCGAGUACCGAUUCCCGAUCUAUCCCCGACCCCCAAUCUUACGCGGACAUUCAACCCAACCCGGAUGCGCGGUCAUUACCCGAGACCAGGCCCAAUACUGGUGGUGGGUCAACCGCGGAGACGGGGUCCAUCGCAGAGUCUCGUUCCAAUGUCGACACGUGUUCCAUACCGGAUUCUACCGCAAACAGUGAAACAUCAUCCAUGGCGAAUGAGAGGCAGCUGCAUCCCCGGUGCUUAGUCCCUGGUCUGAGUCAAUCGAGACCCACUUCCUCGAAAGGGUCUGUUCCCAGUCUACGAGAUCGCAGCGCCAGUUUCGAUUUAUCGCGGGUACGAACUGCAAGUGACUCAAUAAGCUCCUACGAUCCGCCGUCCACGGCGGGUAGUAGCCAGCGGCUCGGUCCUAGUUAUGCGGGCACGGCAACCGGGUUCACCUCGCCGUUUACCGUGGACCAGCUGGGGCAAUCGUUCGAGACGAAGAUCUGGUCAGCAAAACCUAAACAAAAGUGGUUCAAAGCGUCUGAAUAGUUGGUAUUGGCUUUCCUUUGAUUCCCCAUGCUUUUAUUUUUGAAUUGUCUUCACAGCCGGGUGGCGUUUCAUGCUUGGCGGAUUAUAUCUAUACCUUUGCGGCUGGUGUGUAUAUAUUUUGAGUCUCAUCUGGAUAAAACAUUACGAAAC